AUGCGCCCAAGAAGGAGAGGAUUAGCGUAUCACCAUACCAAGCCAAAGGGACAGCUUUCACAAGGACAUUAUCCUACAGUAUCCAAUGAUGGACAAAGAAGGAAGGUCAGUAAUCCCGAAGCAUUCCAAUCUUUUGAUAUAUGGAAAAACCUGGAUAAGAUAAGAUCAACAAAGAAGAAUGCAGUUCAAUUCAUCAAAGGAAGUCUGCUCAUAAUUCCCAUGAGGGCUCAAGAUAAACAACAGUUCGAGGAGUGCAUGAACGAAUUGCAUAAGUAUAUAUCUAAGGACAUAUUGCAAUGUUACCCACAGGAAGAGCAGACAGGCGAAAACGCACUUUUCUACGUAGCGUUGAAGGACUUCAAUAUAUUGGACUCUUGCUUCGUAUUGUCGGUUCUGCUUGCUUUCCAGAAGCGUUUAUGGAUGGCACCAUCAGAAAAAUCCUACUUUAGAGUUCCUAAGAAUAUUAACUUGACAGGUUCAUUUUAUUUGCCCAAAAAUAUAGAAACUGCUAGGGGUCAUAUAAUAACAAGCUAUAGAAAAGAGCAACCCACGUCUAGUAUUGUAGAAGUUGGUUUCAAUGUUGUUCCAAACUUUCAACAGUUUCAAGUUAAGGCCUGUCACGUAAGUAAGUUCAUGAACGAGCUUUCCAAUUUCUUUUCACAGGUAGAAUUUGGUAAGUGUGAAAACAAUGUAAUAAACCGCUUUCAGCGUGAAUAUAAGCGGAAUCAUUCACAGAUAUCACUUGCCCUCUACGAACUUCCAUUAAUUGGCGAUGGCUUAUUUGAUAUGAAGUCAUACAUCAGCAAAACCAGACCAAUUAUAGAAACAUCAAAAGCCCAAAUGAUUAAACACAUUUCUGAGUUAAAGGCAUAUAGUGAAAUAACUGGUCCUCAAGGAGACCAACUCCCACGACCACAAAGGCCUUUACCGAAUUCGUCUUCUCAAAAUGCUUUUUCCUCUUCUAUAACUAUUCAAACAGGCACAGCUUCACAUCAAUCAAAAUUACAAAGGAACAUUGUUAGUAAGCCAUCAAAUGCAUUGAAUUCCUCUAACCGUUAUUCUGGGCCCACAACUCUAGAGGAUGGGAGAUAUGUUGACAGCCAUAAAUCAGGCUUCAUGACGCAGGAUGAAAUCAAACAACACUGUAUUGGUACCAUAAAAGCUUCUAUGGAUGCGGUGAAAAAGAAAUCCUCGUAUCAGAUUCUAAAAACAUAUGUUAGGUGCCCAAGACAAAAUUAUAUUGAUAUUGUUUAUCAGAGUUUGAAUGACCUACGAUCAAAGACAAAUUGUAAUAUUGUCGUAUUAAAUUUGAAUAAUCUCCACGAGUCACAGCCGUGGCUUGGAUCUUUGAAUAUAGCGAAUUACACUGUUUUUGCUCAGCAGCCUCACCCAAGUACCGUUCGCGUUGUAAGUAUUGGCGGGGUCGGUGAAUAUAUAGUCAAAGCAUUAGAGCUGAUAUUGAAUAUAUUAGAGCAUUGA